UAACCACCAUCCAUUUCUCCCUGACCUCAGCUGGUCACACAUGCUCUCUCUGGAGCCCAGACACAAGCAGCUUAAUGUUCAUUAGCAAAUAUUGAUUGAGCUCACAGUGUGGAUCUCCGAAUCGAGGCUGAAAAAGAGGAAAGUUAGCAGGCAGGAAUUCAACAUCCACUGACUAGGAUAUAAGGAGGCCUUGUUGUUGUGGCCUGACCUUCAUGCCUCAUAUCCCUGCAGGAAAGCUACUGAACAUAUCUUCCCUGUGUGGGAGAGAAGACCUGUCAGACAUAAACAGAGGGUUGCUACAACUUUGUGGCCCAGUCCAACCCAUUUUCUGACUUGGUGCCUGACGACCCUCCUGAAUGAAUGAUUGGGUGGGCCCCGACAUCAAUGUGGUGGGACCGCUGGAAAUCCCACCCAGCGAUGAAUUCUCCAUCUCAGAGAGCUCCCACCUGUUCGACAUGGCUAUGGUCCAGACCAAGUCUUCAAGAGAUAUUCUGGCAGACCAAGGCAGUCCUCUCCUUCAGGAUCCUGACAUCUUGCCCUUCAACAGCUAUCCCAGCAUGCAGUACAUGUCCAUGGAGCCCACCAUGUCUUCCACACCAUACUACUCCAGUCAGAACUACUACCCUUCGUACAACGGAGACGAAUGGUACUCACACACGGGGAUUUAUGAACUGAGGAAAGGACCCCUGGAGGUCAGCUAUGAUGCUGAGAUGGAGGAGGUGACCGCUGUGGUGCCCGCCGUGUGCAAGAGGACCCGGCACAUGUCGCAGGCUGGAAGGGUCAAAGGGGAGGAACUGUGUGUUGUGUGUGGAGACAAGGCCUCUGGAUAUCACUAUAAUGCUCUCACCUGUGAGGGAUGUAAAGGUUUCUUCAGACGGAGCAUAACAAAGAACGCCGUGUACAAAUGCAAGAGUGGCGGAAACUGUGAGAUGGACAUGUAUAUGCGCAGGAAAUGCCAGGAGUGUCGGCUAAGAAAGUGCAAGCAGAUGGGCAUGCUGGCUGAAUUGAAGCCUUCAUCACCGCUGGCAGGCCUGCUAACAGAGAUCCAGUGUAAAUCUAAAAGGCUGCGAAAGAACACCAAGGCUUCCCCGGGACAGUCGACGGGAGACGAGACAGAGGGGGCAGACAACACAGACAACAAACAGGUCACCUCAACCACCAAGCUGUCAAAGGAAAAAGUUGAAAUCACCAAAGAGCAGCAGGCACUCAUGAAGGUCAUCCUAGAUGCUUACAACAGACAUCAGAUUCCUCAAGAUAUGGCCAAAAAAUUGCUUCAAGACCAAUACAGCGCAGAGGAAAACUUCCUCUUAUUGACGGAAAUGGCAACAAGUCAAGUUCAAGUUCUGGUGGAGUUUACAAAAAAUAUUCCAGGGUUUCUCACUCUGGAUCGUGAGGAUCAGAUCGCUCUGCUGAAGGGUUCAGCUGUGGAAGCCAUGUUUCUGCGCUCAGCUCAGGUUUUCAGCAGAAAGAUGCCCAACGGACAUACAGAGGUUUUGGAGGAGAGGAUACGCAAGAGUGGUAUAUCAGAGGAAUUCAUCACACCCAUGUUCAACUUUUACAAAAGCAUUGGUGAACUCCACAUGAUGCAGGAGGAACAGGCUCUCCUCACCACCAUAACCAUCCUGACACCAGAUCGGCCUUAUGUGAAGGAUCAGCAGGCUGUUGAGAGACUUCAGGAGACCAUACUGGACGUGCUGAGAAAGCUGUGCGUCCUGCAGCAUCCACAGGAGCCGCAGUAUUUUGCUCGUCUCCUGGGUCGUCUAACGGAGCUGAGAACGCUCAGCCACUACCACGCGGAGAUGCUCACAUCCUGGAGAGUGAACGACCACAAAUUUACCCCGCUGCUCUGUGAGAUCUGGGAUGUGCAGUGACACACCAGAGGUGAAGAGGGUGGGAAGAUAUGGAUGAUAAUAUGGACAUUUCAGCUUGCAAGGCAAAGUCAUGGUUCAACUGUAUAUUUAUAUUGGAUGAUUUGACAAUUUGGAAUUAAAUCCUUGCACAACAUGUUUGCCUCUGUGUGGCCUUGUUAGUCGUGUAUUGACUCUGUGAAUGGUUUGGAGUAUUGUCUGUGUUUAUUCUGCUCAUGGAGUUUUUUAUGACUCACAACAUCAUGUCUAUUUACUGUGUGAGUCUUGAGAUUGUAUCAUUGUUGAGACAUUUGAAAUGGCUUAUUUUUAUUGUGUCCCAACGUGAACACUGGAAAUUAUUCAAAGCAAAGAUGGUGCUCAUUAGAAGUGUAAAGUUUAGAUGACAUUGAGUUUAAUAAUAGGUUCAUUUAUUUUUUAUUUGUAAAACAAAUAGUGCUUACUGUAAAUACUCAAAUGUUGUAUGUUCUGCCUCAAUAAAUAACAAGAUUAACAGGAAAAAGGCUGAUGUUGGACUAUUCUUAUGCUUAUUUUCAUACCUGUAGUCAGCAAAGAGGAAGCUGGUACACACUACAAUAAACUCAACUGUAACAUGUUCAAGUUAAUUAUAAAAAAUAUUGAAUAGAUAUUAAAAUAUGAAUGUCUAUUAAUGUCUGGGUUUUCCUGAUGGAAUAGAGAGCUUCAUUGUACAAGCUGCAACAACAGAAACAAGUAUUUUUUCUGUCUUGUUUCUAUCUAAGUUUAACCAUCUGCUAGUAUUUAAUUUUUUUUGCAUGUUUAGCCCAUUUUCUGUAAUUAAAGAAUAUUUAACAUUUA